AUCAUAUAUUUGUUUGCAAUCGUGGCUCUGACAGGAGAAUAUAAAACCUGAGUGACAUUACACCGCACCACAAAAGCCAAAGGAACGCAGAACUGACAACACCAGGAGUCCAAAGCACAAGACCGCUAACAAAAACAUGGAGAAACUUGCAUUCUUAGUGAUAUUCGCCGCUUUGUUUGCAAUUACAUGUGAGUCUUCUGCUAGUUAUCUGUAUUCUUUUCAUUUUCUUUUUUUUUCCGUUUUUAACAUUUCAUUUCCAUCUUUAUUGAAUUUUUUUUUUGGUUUUUCCGAAUAAGCCUUUUUUUAAACAGACUUAUCUUCGAAGCAAUUUUAGUUUUUUGAGAAUUAUUCUUUCUUUUUAUUUUAUUACUGUUAAGUUGGAAUGAUUGAGAAAUAAAUCAGAAGAACAUUAAAAAUAUUCAUAGGCUGCUUAACAACUAACACAUUUCUGACAAGUUUCGUUCUUUUACAAGUUUUAAAGAAGAUUAUUUUUCUUUUACUUUGUCCCACUUCUUGACAAAUUGCUUUGAAAUUGAAAAAGAAAUCUUCAAUUUCCAGCCAUGCCUGAAUAAGAUAGGAAACAGUAAAAGGGACUCACGUACACGGAUCAGAUUCAUUUUAUCGAGUUUUAAAUCAAAUCUAAGAUUACCACAAAUUUUCAAAGUACUGAAUCUAAUCGCAAUUCGUUUUUAUAUAUUUCAAUCAGCUUCUUUAUCAUUUGAGAGCAAGGGUAUUUUUUACAAAUAUACAUCAAUAUCGUGGUUGAAAAAUCACUGGCGCCAUUUUCUUAUUAACGUUUUGUGAUCUCUUUUUUCUCAUGAUGUUAAAUUUAAUUUCAUUUUGACUCCUUUCGCAGGUUCUUUUCCAAGCGACGAUAGAGGUGAGACUUUUGAAAACCUUCUACUCCCAGAAAAAUAUUAACUUCAGAAAUAUUUUGAGAAACAUUAAUCUUUAUCCUUAAUCCCACCAAUAGCGCGAUUUAAAUUUUAUUCAAUAUGAAAAAAUCUAUAACGAUAUGGUUGGCCACAAGAGGGAGACAAAUAUCUUUCCUUAAUAGAGAACAUGAAUUUUUCGUAACACAAAAAUUGCAUUUGGAGGAACAAUUUAAAUGCAUACAGUACUUAAAACAGACGCGAGAAGCUAUUGAAAAUGACGCUCAGACGUUUUUAGAGACCCGUACAAAACUGUGCAUUAUUUAAAUACGAUUUUUUAAUUAGUUAGAUUUCCAAGAAACAAGAGCUAUACUGGAAGAAAUUUAAGUCCAAUAUUCCACAGCUUUUUCAAAAUACUUCCUAAAAAUGAUAAGCGAAAAGGUGAAAUACCAUUUAAAGAAGUGAUUAAAUCGUAACAAUUAUUUUAAGAGAAUUUCAUCGGCUAAAUUUCCGUUCAAAAUGUAUGUCUCUACUUUUAUGCGAACAUAAAUUAUAAUUCUACAGACCAAGCCUGAACUGUACUGUAGUUUCGCGUUUUGCCUUGUUUAUCUUUAAAAUUAAAAAGCGAUCUACGAUAGACAAAAACUAGACAGCUGAUGUAUAUUUUGAAAUAUUGCAGAACUUAUAUGUGACAAAUUAAGAUAUCUUAAGUAAAGAGAAAAAUAUUCCUUGAGUAAUCUCGGUCGAAGGUAAUUUCGAUAUCGGAACAAAAAUCCAUUCCAGUGACGCUUCGAAUAACAAGUAAUAAUUACUUUGCGUUUCACACGAAAUGAAAAAUUAAAAGAAAAAUACAUUAAACUACAACGAACAUCUUGAACGUCUUACAGAAAUCCAAUUUAACUCACUUUUGAAUCUGAUUUAAAGAAUUUAACAAAAAGCCGGAAAGAUGAGAGAAUCUUGAACGAUGAGCUUGACCUGGUUUUCAAUGAUAUACGGAUCUCCAAGCAACGCAAACAUAACAAGCUUUGAGCUCCAGAUGAGUUCUUCAUCAAAAAGAAGCAAUUUAAGAAGACAGUUUGAGGUUGUUAGGCUAGAGUUUGAAAUCGUCGUUUCAUUAACCGAUUGUUUUUCCGCCUUGGGCGUCAUUCCAGUUUGGAGACUAAGUAAGAUCUCUUUAGAAAAUCAGUAAAGACAAAAGAUCAGAAACCUAUUACUCUCUGUUUUGGCUAAAUGAAAUUUUAAUAUUUCUCAGUAAUGAACUCUAUUGAGUUUUCUCCAUUACUCUUUUAUUGCUUUCAUCUGUGAAAUGUAAGGCCACAUUCUUAUUCUAAAACUGCUCUCGUUAAGUAAAAAAGAGAGUGGCAGAAAUUACAAAAUCCCUAAAGUAGAUAAAAUUACUUUUAUUUUGGAGGUUAAAUGAAAAGAGAAAAAAAAACCGAAAAUCUUUUCCUCUCCAUUAAAUAAAAAAAAUAAAAGCUCUCCAAAGUUUGCCGUAAAUUUCCGCUUAGAUAACAAAUGCCUCAAAACAUCGAAAUUUAAUUUGUCAUCUUUUGGAAGUUUCGUCUUGUUAAAUUAAACUAAAGCUGCCAUGAGUUACAAUUCCGUAGCCUAACACAUAAUUUUGGUGUACAACUGAAAUUACAAUCCGGAAUUUAUGAUCUGAAAAACAUUUAGGCCUCCAAACUCAAUAUUUUAAGUUGAAAAUAUCAAGCUGAACAGAAUAACGGAAAAAAAUUCUACUUCGAUUAUGAGACGUCUCACGUGAAAAGAAACAAAUGACAUGACGAAAUAUUUCCGAUAACGAUAUUGCAAAACCUAACACUUGGCAAGCUUGGUUAUAAUUGUUUAGAGGUAAUUUAUCAAAUACCUAUUUUUUCCACCUCUAGAAAAUGUUGCUUUCAGAAACUGGAGGAAAAGAGUGAGCGAACUUUAUCAUAGCAAGGCGUCAAACAUAUAUUUAAUAAUUCAUGAUUUACCAAUGCAGGAUUAGUCGUUGUGUAUCAAGUUAUUUUAACUCUGACCCAAAUAACAGACUUUUUCUCCUUACUAUCACCGUCGCUGUUCUUUGAGUGAGAAGUGCAAUUAGCCUUCCCCAGUUUUAAAAGCCACAACUACGGACAUGGUUUUCUUGAUUGCAUUUUUGGUAAAUAGGAAAUACAAAACACUGCAUUAUGAGAUGUCUGACUUUAAACUUCAACUAUUUAAUCCAAAACUAGAACAAAAUUUAUAAGAGAAAUCACUUAAUUUUUUUUCCCCCGCUCACUACAUAUAAAAGUUUUUUACCUAAUUGACAUCCUCGUUAGUAAUCUAUUGCGACGGAGUUUGUGAUUAAAGACUAGCUCUUUUCCAUUUAUUCCACGCUUUUACAAAAAAAGCAACUUCUUUUCUAUCUCGCGCAGGAAGCACAUAUAAUUUGAAAAGGAGCAUUUGUCGCCCUUUUCCGACUUGUUUUAUCUAUGGAAGAGAUGCAGACUUAAAGUUCUUUCAGAUGCUUCAAAAUUUCCUGAUGUGGAUCUUAAUGUUUACAGCAUAAGUGUUUGCCACAUUUUACAAUAUAAACAAAAGUUAUUUUAAUGCUUCAAAACGAAUUUUCUACAACUUUUUUUCCGCCCGAGCCUUUUUUUUAAUUUCCUUAUAUGUCAUGGUUAAUAACUCAUUAGAAAUGUAGCUUAACUGUUCAUGCUUUUUAUUUGAAGUCAACGAUUAUUAUCUUUUUCAUCCUUUUUUUUAUUAUAUCUAGAAGCCUCUUUGAUGAUUUGUUCUUUCCAUACGAAUAAUACGUCGAGUUAUGUUAAUGCAAAAGGGACCAAAAAUGUCUCGGAAAGGUUUCAACAAAGCCAUUGUGCAGCAAGAGAGCUUAGAAAAAUUUGUCUUUUUUCCGAGAAAAAAAUAUAAAUAUGACGAAAGUUGGAAGGCAAAUCAAUCCAUAUUUUUGUUUUUUGUUUUGGAACUCAUUAAAGGUAAUAAAUUGCAAAAAUCCGGUCACCAAUGCACCUGUUAUUUACACAUUUCUCGGCAAAUCCACAACUCAAAGCAAACUCUGCAAAAGGUUUUCUAGAGGUAAAAAAGCUUUGAUGCCUUAUUCAUCAAAAAAGUUUGAAUUAAAUUUAUGAAUAGGGAGUUUUCAUGCGUAGGAAUAGUUUUCUUCACUCAAAAGUUACAGUAAAUUAAAACUGAUAUAUCCACUGAGGAGUUUUACAUCUCGUAGAAAUUUCUUACGACAUAUCAUGAGAAAUUUCUAUAAUCAAGUGUGAAUGUGGGUAACUAACUAACAAACAGACGAGCUAUGGUAUAGGCAACUGACAUAGCUAACAUCAUAGUAAAGUCUAAAUGAUCGCCAAUCAUGAAUCCUUGUAGUAAGUUAUAGGAAACCGAAUUUAACGGCAACCUAAAUAUAGCUUUAAUACCCCGCUCUAACCCUGUAACUUUAAUUCUAACAAUAAUUAUUUUCCCUAGAUUUAAUAGAGAGUGAAUGGCUGCAAGAUACACGUUAGUACUAGUGAAAAUAUUUACUUAUUUUCACUUACUUAUUUUCAUUUACUCACUUUUGUUUAUUGUUUCCUGAUUCAAAGACAAAGUGAAUUUAUUUUCUUCUCAGUCUGUUGCAGUUUGCCUAUCAUGUCUCAUCAAUUUCUUUUCAGUUUAGAGGGAGAACGAAAAUUUAUUGUCAUAAAAUUUUGACGGAUUAGGUGAAAGACUUCCUUAGAUAUCACCACCAAGUUACUUUUUAAAAAUGGCAAAAUCUUCCAUCGUCUCCAUGAUUUUUUUCCUUUCAGAUUAUAGGCUUACAAGGUUCUAAGGCGUUGUUUCAACUUUGACUGAUAUAUUCAGUUCCCUCAACAACUGUAUGUUACUUGAAGAAUGAAAGUUAUUUUCUAAUUCAGAGGGACAGAACGAAAGAAUAAGUGGAAGAAUUGCACCCGAUUUAAGGACAAUGAAGAUCCACCUUGUUAGCGAGCUUCGGUAAUAUAAAAAAUUGGCAGGUUUCGCAUUAAUGAAGCUAUUUUAAUUACUCUAUCACAUUGAAUCUUUCCUAAAGAUUUACAACGCCAAUUAAACGUAUUUUAUUCCGAGAGGAGAAAAUUCUAAAUCCCUUUUUCUUUAUUAUUUCUUCAUUUACUUCAUAUGUGCACUACAAAUGCAAAACCGAUUGGCAAAGGUAACGCCCUGAACAAUCUGCUUUUCUAUGAUUUAUUACAGGAGCGAAUAUACGAGAACAAGAAGACGAGCUUGGUAAGAUAAGAUUUUUAACGCAUUACUAUUUUCUUAUUUACCUAAAAAAUUUUUGAAAAUGAUUUGAGAACUUGGAAUAGUUACAAAAAUUAAUAAUUCGAAAGCAGUUGGUUUCAACUUAAAAGAAUAUGAGUAUAAUUAAGGUGUGGUACGUUGAACGGAUGAAGUUUUUGUUUGACAUCAUCGUCCACAAAAAGACUAAAAAGAAGUCUAAGGUGAAUGUUACUAAAUUUAAAACUGGACCUUUCCUUUCAUUUACGAGUUUUUGAUUUUGUAAAGAUUACUUCCACUCUUAUUAUUUACCUAGAAGACUGUGUCAAGUUCUAUUCAAAAUUGCCAUGCAUGUUUCUUGCUUUUUCCAGAAACUCGUAAUGAAAUGCCUUGUGCCGAGGAGCUUGGACUUUUGAAACACUACCACAUCAAUUUGAAAUCCGUUCCAUGUAGUACAGUGACCAAGAAACGUAAGUAGUUCACCUUAAAUGGCACAAAAAAUCAGGCAGAUCGCAGAACAGUUCUUGGAGCAAUUAAUUCGAAUCUUGUUUGCUUAGAUUGUGUCAAGUCGUGACCAUGAUAGCUGAGGCUUCAAUUUUGGAAAGGCUCAUCCUUCAUGUACUUUACUCUACCCCUGGGUGUAAAUGUGCGCAGGCCCUUCGGCUGGCACUAAGACCAUUUUGCCUAAUUUGAUUUCGUACUCUGUUUGUAUCUGCUCUAUGGUUAUUAACCAUUUCCUUUUUUUGAUUGCAGGUGCCUCAAACUUGCUUGCAAGAGAGUUUCAAAAGAAAGGUACAAAGGACUUUGCUCAGUUGCAAUGAGCUUAUGAAUUUUAAUUUAAGGGUGCUUCUCAUCGGUCGGAAAAGUCCGGUCAGACUUAUGAUAACAAAAAAGCCAUACAUUUGACCAAAUAAUUUCCUCAUCCAUUUUUUUUCGUGGUCAGAGUGGACAAAUUUCUAUCUCAGGAUUAUCUAUUUCUAUGCAUUUCUGAAAAACAGAAAAGGGACAAUUUAAAUUACCGAUAUAGCCACUAGUCACUCAAUAACGUCAGGUGGGAAAUAUCUAGUUUAACUACAAGACUAAGUAAGGAGUUUUAUGCAGGAAGCAACCCUCAAUCAAAACUACAUUGAAUGUCACAUUUCUAGCCACUCAAUUUAUUUCGGGUCCAAUUCCCACCGUUCGAUAGUCUUUCAUAAGCAUGCAUGUUUUAGUUUUUAGCCUCCACUAAUCAUUUCCUCUUCUACUUCAUUUGCAGAAUCUGAUUACGGAAGGAGGAAUAGCUAUGGUAAGAUCUGCUCAUUUUUUAUUGCUAUGUGAGAAAAAAUUCUGUGAGACUUAACGACCUAAAAACCACAAAAACACUAAAAAACACUCAAAACUAACGACAGAAAUGUUAAUAUGUAGCUGUAUGAAAAAUUUCGCAAAAAACAAAAAAACAUUUGGGAGAAGAGAAGCUGUUAAUGCUUAUAACAGUGCAUCACAUUUCAUUGGUACUCACGUCAACCAAUCAGAAUCCUUGCAUUCUGUUAGCUCAGUAAGACUGAUGACGAUGAAUCUUUUUUUUUUUUAUUUCAGCCCGUGAUUUUAACUCUUGCUGCAGCCCAGACUGUGAUUGGCUGCUGGAUUACUUGGAAAUCGACUCCACCGUGGUGAAAUGUCUGGACCGCAAAUAAAUCCGUUCUUUAGUUUCAUCCUUGAACACAAAAAUUUUAAAUGAAAUAAAAACAACUACAGAACAAACGACGAUGAGAAAUCUCACAAUUAAAUAAUAUCACUAUUCAGGAUGUUCGGUCGCACGAUGAAGGUUUAAGUUACAAGAGUCAGAAUUAUAAUUUGUUAGUUAACAUCAAUUUCAUGCUGUACAAAGCUAUCACCUCAGGAUAAAUUAAAUUCACGCUUAACUGAGUCUAACGUGUCUUAUUCAUAAUGAAAAACAAGCUCUGAUGGUCCAAACCAUCAAUCUUUGAUGGUUUGGAGGAGCCACAGUGCGUCCAGGGUUUUCGCUUCUCAUAUACUGAAGUUUAAAGUACCACCAAGUGAAGACCAUGGAUGGAGGCGACAAGAGAUCAAGGCGAAGUUGAGACGAAGCCAUGCCGAAAAGGAGACGAAUAUAAGACGAGGGAAACGCGAAAGAUAGAGUAGCCAUUAUCGAGGCACGAACAAGACUUCGAUACUAUGAGAUUGAAACAAAGAUGACACGAUUACGAGACGAGGUUGAGCGGAGGACGAGAGGAGAUGGGCUGGGGUAGUUUUCGGAAAGAUUGCGCGGAAAAUGUGUAUUUCUAUUGAUUUCCUUUUCCAUUUUACGCUUGUUCUCUUUAAAAAGCCUAACAUCACUUUUCAUGCUAAACAGGC